GAAUAUAUUAUUCGAGUGCAAAGAGGAAUUUCUGCAGAAAACAGCUGGCAGAUUGUUAGAAGAUACAGUGACUUUGAUUUACUGAACAACAGCUUGCAGAUUGCAGGCCUCAGUCUACCUCUUCCUCCCAAAAAAUUGAUUGGAAACAUGGAUCGUGAAUUCAUAGCUGAGAGGCAGAAAGGUCUCCAGAACUAUCUCAGCGUCAUCACCACAAACCACGUGUUGUCUAAUUGUGAGCUGGUUAAGAAGUUUUUAGAUCCGAACAACUACUCUGCAAACUACACUGAAAUUGCCUUACAACAGGUCUCCAUGUUCUUCCGGUCAGAACCGAAGUGGGAGGUGGUAGAACCGCUGAAGGACAUAGGCUGGAGGAUUAGGAAAAAAUACUUCUUGAUGAAGAUUAAAAAUCAGCCAAAGGAACGGCUGGUAUUAAGCUGGGCUGACCUUGGUCCCGACAAAUACUUGUCAGAUAAAGAUUUCCAGUGUCUAAUCAAACUUCUGCCUUCCUGUUUGCACCCUUACGUGUACCGGGUCACUUUUGCCACCGCCAGCGAGUCCUCUGCUCUGCUGAUCAGGAUGUUUAGUGAGAAGGGAACUUUGAAGGAUCUGAUCUACAAGGCAAAACCUAAGGACCCAUUUCUGAAGAAGUACUGCAACCCGAAGAAGAUUCAGGGCCUUGAACUCCAGCAAAUAAAAACAUAUGGGCGGCAGAUAUUAGAGGUGCUGAAGUUUCUGCACGACAAGGGAUUUCCUUACGGGCAUCUUCAUGCCUCCAACGUGUUGCUUGACGGGGACACCUGCCGGUUGCUGGACCUCGAGAACUCCUUGCUGGGCCUGCCCUCCUUCUACCGCCCCUUCUUCACGCAGUUCAGGAAGAUCAAUACGUUGGAAAGCGUGGAUGUGCACUGCUUUGGGCACUUGCUGUAUGAAAUGACUUACGGACGGCCGCCUGACUCAGUGCCCGUGGACUCCUUUCCUCCUGCGCCGUCCAUGGCUGUGGUGGCCGUGUUGGAGUCCACGCUGUCUAGUGACGCCUGUAAACAUGGCAUGCCCACCGUCUCCCGGCUCUUACAGAUGCCAUUAUUCAGUGAUGUUUUACUCACCACUUCUGAAAAGCCACAGUUUAAGAAAGUUUCGUUAGGAAACUGCCAAUGGUGCCUGCUCAUGUUUAUGGUGAGCUGUGGUCUCUUAAAGAUUCACCAGCACCGGAGACUGACGAGAGCCCAGUCACACCAUGGAUCUGAAGAAGAAAGAAAAAAGAGGAAGAUUUUGGCUCGGAAGAAAUCAAAACGAUCUGCUAUUGAAAAUAGUGAAGAGCAUUCCAUGAAGUACAGCAACUCUAACAAUUCAGGGUCCGGGGCCAGCUCACCGCUCACAUCCCCGUCAUCUCCGACUCCACCCUCUACAGCAGCUGCUUUAGGUUGGGGCAAAAGAUACAAAAGAAGGGCCGUGUGCAGUACCUCCACCACCUCCACCGCCGCCUCCACCAGCCGCUGCCCCUUUGCCUCCGGUGAGCACAGAGGCGCCCACUCUGCUCCCAGUGCAGGGUGUGAACGGUGUGAGCCGAGGGGCCUUGCUCAGCUCCAUCCAGAAUUUCCAAAAGGGAACUUUGAGAAAAGCCGAAACCUGUGACCACAGCGCUCCUAAAAUCGGCUAAGUUCUUGUUUACACCAGGAGGGCAAAGUUCUGCCCGCUGUAGCUGAGCCCAGGGGAGCCAGCACCGCCAGUGCUGUCUGUGCAUGCUCCGAAGGGGUGGCCCGGGGAAGGACCCUACGCGGAGCAAAGUCCUGAGCUCCUCAGCAGCACUGGAGAGGAGCCUGGGCCGCGCUCUCAGCGGGUCUUCUGGGCAGCCCCUGAUCUCAAUCAGUAUUUUCACAACUAAAGGAAACAGAAACAAAAGCAAUGGCAAUAUUUCGUCGCAGCAGAGAACGGCCUUUGUGCUGUCGUCCUGCUACCCCGUCAGAAAUGUUCUUCUCUCGGCUCAUUUUCCUGAAGCAUCUUCUGGGCAUUCCUUAGAUAACUCAUUUCUGCUACCUUUAUUUUGCCUCAGACAUUAACGCUGCAGCCCAAAGCAUAGUUACACUGCUGUGUUAGAGCCAGCCGAGUUGGUUUUCCCUGAGCUCUGGGGCGCACAGGGGCUUUGCCCAGAGUCAAGCUCCACCAAGAACCUCCUUAUGGCCAUGGAACUCGGGGCUGCAAGAUCAACUCCGCUGGACCCACAGUUCUUUUUAUUUAGAAUACAUUGUAAGAGACAACAAAAUACUACCGUUGAAAGUUCCUGCCACUUGAACGACGUCCAUGUCCAGCAGCCGCCAAGGCUGGGUGAUCAUUAUUGCAACACGAGGGAAUCUGGCAUCUAGAAAUCAACUCUACUAUUCAAAGAUUUAUCCAAAUAUGUCAUCUUUUUAAUGUCAUUUAUUAGAAAUAUCUUUUAUCCUAUGAUUUGCUUAAACUUUAAAAUAAAUUGCACUUUAAAGGAUUAUAAAUCCAUUUUAAAAUUCAAGUACACACAUCAGUGUUGGUUACUAUGCAGAGAAUGUUAUUGUGUACAGUUUCAUGUAACCUGUGAUAACUGUUCAGCUGUAUUUUUUAUUAAAAUAAACCAUGUCAAGAAACAUGUUGUAUGCAGAUAUUUCAAAAGAGAACUUUCAAUUUUACCUUUUGGGAACAAAGAGUCAUAUAGCAUUCAUGUUAUUUUGUCCGCAUUUUCCACUUUAUACAAUAAGCCUGUCUUACUAUUUAAGUUAGAAACUACCUACAUGAUUCUGUAAUUCAUUUAAACCUAUCUUUUCUCUCAACUAAAGUGUAUGGAGAGUAUAUAAAAUGUUUCUGGCAACAGGGGGAAGUGUUCACUGCAGAGGGAACUUGGGCGUGCAGCGUGGCGAAGCUCUCCUGCCAAGCAGUGCGGUCUGCUGCGCGACCCGACGGGAGGCCUAGGCCGAGGCCUGCGGUCGGCGCUGCCGUUCUGAAUGAAGCUCUGCACACAUGGAGAAGAGCGGGGAAGGGCUGGGAAGGCAGGUCAGCGGUGGGGGCUGCUAGACGCCCGAGGCCUGGGCUUGAGCCCGCGCCCAGCUCCACCAAAAGGAAAGCGAAUCAAGCAACUGUAGACACGAUCACCUUAUUUUCCAUUUGACAUUAAUUUCUUAAUACAAUUUUAAGACUUCUGCUCAUAUUUAUUUCAUGAAUAUAAAAGUUACUGAGUUACGAAUUCCUUAUCAAAACACUUUAACAGUAUAUUCAUACAAUGUCUUUUGUACAUGUAAGUUAUCUAGCUGUAUCUCUCCUCAGGACCCUGAUCUUUUAUAUCCAUCUCACUCAAAGAACAAGGCAGCUGUAACAGACAGAGUGUGGAGUCGGGCGCAGGCGUGUAGCGUGAACACUGCAGCACACUUAGCGUUUACGGUAUAGAAAUACCUAU